UUUCAAUGACCGCGAGGGUCCGAUAUUUCCGAAAAUACCCAACCUGAUGCAUUCGUAGCUGCCUUUCCGUUUUUUCACUUCCAGUUGUUUUAGCCUUUUUUUCUUGUCUCUCAUUUUCCUUUGCUUGGGCAGGGCCGCUUCUGGCGCCCAGUGCCCGUUCUUGAUGACGCGCUCGUCUCCCACCGCGCUGCUUCGCAAUGGCCUGCGCGUUCUCGUCCCUCUGUCGGUAGCACUGACCAUUUACCUGUACCUUUACCCCAUCUUCAACGGGUGCGCAUUUCCACUGCCACCUGACCAAGACAGUAUUCCUGCCGCCUCGGCCAGCACUCGCCGCGCAGCGUUCUUCGAGACAGCCAAGGUGCAUUGGCACUUGGCCGCGGGCACCGCAGGAAACGCAACCGUCUUUGCCCCGGCGCGGCCGAUUGCACCGUUCCGGUUGCUCGCGCUCGGCGACCCGCAACUCGAGGGUGACACGUCGAUCCCGACCGAUUACCUCGGCACCUUGCCGCAUUUGCAGAGCCUUGUCAAGCACGCGACCUUCCAGUCCGACCACCCGUCUCUCCGGCAGCGCAUUCGACAGAUUCUCCAUGACUUUGUCGACCUCUGCCUCGAGGAUACAUUCCACCUGAUUGAAUCGCUGCGGAAGCGUCUCGAUCUUAUCGGCAACGAUUUUUACCUUGCCCACAUCUACCGCACCGUACACUGGUGGACGCGCCCAACACAUGUCACGGUCCUCGGAGACCUCCUGGGAAGUCAAUGGCUCGACGACGCGGAGUUCUACCGCCGCGCUGGCCGGUACUGGGGCCGUGUUUUCCGAGCUGCUGAGCGCGUCCUGGACGAUGUCGCUGCAUACCCGGCUCAGGAAUACGAUGUAACAGGGUAUGUUGGCGGCGGACCUUUUAACGAAUCUACCGCUUGGUCCAGGCGCAUCAUCAACGUGGCAGGGAACCAUGAUAUCGGAUAUGCCGGCGACAUUACCGAGCAGAGAGCCGAGCGGUUCGAGAAGGCCUUUGGCAAAGUCAACUAUGAGCUUCGCUUUGAGCUGCUCCGGGAUGACCCUUCGUUGACCGAGAGUCUUUACAACGACGAAAAGAACCCCGAUCCAAACUCGGACCGUCUGAUCCCCGAGCUGCGCAUAAUUGUGCUUAACAGCAUGAAUCUCGACACGCCCGCUGCAUCGUCCGACUUGCAAGACGACACCUACACAUUCAUCAACACCGUCAUCAACACAGCGGCCGCCGUCGAGUUCAAGGGCCAGUUCAACCUGAUACUGACCCACAUACCGCUGUACAAGCCCGAGGGCGUCUGCGUCGACGACCCCUUCUUUGACUUUUACGACUACGACGGCACGCUCAAGGAGCAGAACCAGCUGAGCGCCGACGCUUCAAAGGGCUUCCUCGAGGGCAUCCUGGGCAUGUCCGGGGACGUUAACGCCGCCGGGCGGGGGCGCGGCAGGCGGGGGAUCAUCCUCAACGGCCACGACCACGAGGGCUGCGACACGUGGCACUACGUCAACCAAACCGUCACAGACCCGGACUCGAAGCCCAAAUGGGAGGUCAAGCGUUGGCGCCAGGCCACGGCCGCGGGCAUUGUGGGGCGCGAAGGGGUGCCUGGCGUCAGGGAAAUCACAGUCCGCAGCAUGAUGGGUGAUUUCGGCGGCAAUGCUGGGCUGCUGAGUGUCUGGUUCGACCGGGCUAGCUGGGAGUGGAAAGCCGAGUACGCCACCUGCCCGCUGGGCCGGCAGCACUUUUGGUGGGUUGUUCAUAUAUUGGAUCUGGUUGUUGUGGCGGGGGUGCUACUUUCUGCGAUAUUUGCCGUGCUGUCGGCGGUUGGGUUGGAUGUAGACUCCGCCAUUGGGCGGUUAAUACCGUCGCUGUUUCCACGACAGAAGGGAACCGGCAAGGACAUGGUGCAAACUGGAACCAAAGAGGGUGUUGCCACGAAGAAGGUCGACUCUGGAUGAGAGGGGGUUAAUCUGAGUAUGAGUACAUGUCUACCUAUAUAAAUGCAUAAACGCGCACUCGUAAUUCGAGCAGUGAGUGUGGGCUUGGCUGUAUGCCUCCAUGUGGUACUAGCAGAUGUUGAUUUCUGAUUAUGGCGUGUUGAGGAUGAGGACUUAGAGAGCAAGGAUUCCUGAACGGAAGGUAGACAUAACAUUUGGAAAGACAUGGCCCUGCUUAAAUGAAACAGGCUUUGUGUGGCUCUACAUGUACCGAGUAGUGAAAUACAGGAUUGCCCCU